CUCUGUCCUAGAUAGGGGAGGGUGCACAGGUCGUAGGAAGGCUUGAGCUGUGUCAACACUUUCUCCACGUGGGGAUAGGGGAGGUCCAGAGGCCCCGUUAUGCCUCCAUUCUCUCCACCUUACUGCUUACCAACCCUCUCAAGUUCUGCGUCCCACAUGACCUGUAUACCAGUUUAAAGAGAAGGGUGCUGUGGAUGGCUUAGAGGAUAAAGGUGCUUGCUACCAAAUAUGACAGCUUGAGUCUGAUCCCCAGAAUAGGAGGAAAACCACCCUCAUAACUUCUGCGUGAGCCGUCACCAAAAAGUAAAUCUAAGGGGAGUGGUGAGGACUCCUCCUAACCCAUUACACGCCAGUCCUUCAAGGACUGAAGACAGUCUCCCCUAAGUCCUUUUACUCUUCAGGGGGGGAGUCAGGCUUCCAGCCAAGCAAACUGGGACACUGGGGCCCUCUGGUGGCCACAAGUGCUUCUCAAGUGCCAGGAGAUAUGGCUGCUCCGCCCCUUCACAGUGGGAGCCAAUGGGAACUUGGGUCCCCGCCCCUGAGCAGUCAUUUCCUAGCUAGUACUUAGAAUCCAGUCAGAAAGCUCUUGGAGAAGCUAGCGGGAGCUGGAAGGAAGGCUGCGGCCACGCCUCACAAGUCCAGACCAGAAGAGCAGGAGAAGCCGGCUGGGCAGGUGGGGCCAGCGUUGUGCCUCUCAAGCCAUGGGCCACAGGGAACCGCAAUCAGCAAGCCUGUGUAGAAGUAGGUGAGUCUCGGAGCUGUUGACCCGCGCUGAGCUGUCCCCAUCUCUUCCCUGGUGGUCACUGCCAUGGCCUGGCUGGUCCUGUCAGGUGUGCUACUGUGCAUGUUGGGUCCUGGAUCAAGCACUUCAGAUUUGGAGGGUGUUCUGCCUCCUGCUCCCCACAACUGCCCCAAUAAAUGCAUCUGUGCUGCCGAUGUGUUGAGCUGUGCGGGUCGUGGGUUACAGGACCUGCCGGUAGCACUGCCUGCCACUGCUGCGGAACUCGAUCUGAGCCACAAUGCACUCAAACGCCUGCACCCGGGGUGGUUAGCGCCCCUCUCCCGGCUGCGGGCCUUGCACCUGGGCUACAAUAAGUUGGCUGUCCUGGGCCACGGUGCGUUCACCAAUGCCAGCGGCCUGAGGACACUUGAUCUAUCAUCUAAUAUGCUGAGGGCACUCCACACCCAUGACCUAGACGGACUGGAGGAGCUGGAGAAGUUACUUCUGUUCAAUAACCGCCUGGUGCACCUAGACCUGGACGCCUUCCAGGGCCUGCGUAUGCUCAGCCACCUCUACCUCAGCUGCAAUGAGCUCUCCUCCUUUUCCUUCAACCACUUGCACGGGCUGGGGCUAACCCGCCUGCGUACUCUAGACCUCUCCUCCAACUGGCUGAAGCAUAUCUCCAUCCCUGAGCUGGCUGCACUGCCAACUUAUCUCAAGAAUAGGCUCUACCUGCACAACAACCCCCUGCCCUGUGACUGCAGCCUCUACCGCCUUCUCCAGCGCUGGCACCAGCGGGGCCUGAGCGCUCUGCACGAUUUUGAACGUGAGUACACAUGCUUGAUCUUUAAGGUGUCGGAAUCCCGGGUGCGCUUCUUCGAGCACAGCCGGGUCUUCAAGAACUGCUCAGCGGCCACAGCUCCCGGCCCAGAGCUGCCUGAGGAACAGCUGCACACGCAGGAGGGCCAGUCCCUGCGGCUUUCCUGCAACACCAGUGUGCCUGCUGCACAGGUGGCCUGGGUUUCCCCGAAAAACGAGCUGCUUGUGGCGCCGGGCUCGCAGGACGGCAGCAUCGCUGUGUUGGCUGAUGGCAGCUUAGCCAUAGGCAGGGUACAAGAACAGCAUGAGGGCAUCUUUGUGUGCCUGGCAAGCGGGCCCCGCCUGCACCACAACCAGACGCUUGAGUACAAUGUGAGUGUACAAAAGGCUCGCCCCGAGCCAGAGGCUUUCAACACGGGCUUCACCACGCUGCUGGGCUGUAUUGUGGGCCUAGUACUGGUGUUGCUCUACUUGUUUGCACCACCCUGUCGUGGCUGCUGUCGCUGUUGUCGACGGGCCUGCCGCAACCGCUGCUGGCCGCGGGCAUCCAGUCCACUCCAGGAGCUGAGCGCACAGUCCUCGGUGCUCAGCACGCCACCGCCAGAUGUGCCCAGCCGCAAGGCCAGUGUCCACAAGCAUGUGGUCUUCCUGGAGCCGGGCAAGAAGGGCCUCAAUGGCCGUGUGCAGCUAGCAGUUGCUGAAGACUUCGAUCUGUGCCACCCUGUGGGCUUGCCACUCAAGGCCGGCUCUGAGUCAGCCAGUUCCACAGGCUCAGAGGGUCUCAUGAUGAGCUAGACUGCCGGGGGGGGGGUCACCACUCGGGCCACAGGCCUCCUGCUGCUUGCCCUGUUUGCAGCUGCAGUAAAGAGCUGACACGCUGGUGGGACGCACUGUGCCUGGUCCCACAACUGCAUGUGAGCCUUGACCUUACUGUAACAGUUCCACACACUGGUAAAGGGGUCGAAACCCCCUCACUUGCUUCUUGCUCUGCCUAGCUCAGGACAAGGCCUCCAACUACUAGAGCCUGCCUCCCCUAGGACCUCAGAGGGACCAAAUGUCCCGUUAAGAUUACAGACCAAGCCAAUUUGGUAAAAGCCCUUGCAUCAGAGUCCUGGGACCACCCCAGGAGUUAAUGCAGAUGUCGGGGUGUGGUACAGAAGAGGCGAGCAUGUGAGCGAGCAUAGCCCCUUUCCCUCCCUGCCCAAGGAGGGAGACGGCAGCUCAGAAGAUCCAGCUCCCACUGUGAGGUGGAAGGAGGAAAUGAGCCCUCCCUCUACUGUAAGAGGACCCGUCUCCUGCCAUCCAGCCUCUCAAAGCUUUGCCGCUCCCUGUGUGUCCGGUGGGUCUGCACACCUCCACAGGACACUCCUGCAGACAGCCCUGCUGUCGUCGGCUACAGGCAGAGCCAGUCUCUCAGGCUCAGGAUCCAGCAGGAAGAAGCACAGAUGGUGACUGACCAUGGUGUCUCUGGAGAGCAGGAGGCCUCUCAAGGGCUGGCACUCCUCUCAACCCAAUGGCUAAUCAGAGCCCUCAGUUCAUGCCCAGGGCACCCCACUGCAGGGGGGAUAGAAGACGGGCAGUGCCUCUCCUAUGACGAGCUGGCAGCUCUGUCCGAGAUGGUUGCUGAGGCGUUUUAUAAUAAAGUGGUACAUGCUCAUU